CUAUAAUGAUGUAAAUGUUUACAUUUGCAUGGAAUAAAGAUACGUCAUUGACGUCGAACACACCAUCUUGCUGCCGGUUGAUUUGUACACAGUGAUUCGCACAGUGCAUUUUUCUUUUUCUGUAAAAUAUUGUUUAAAAUGGCGGUAAUAACGAGAUUGGCUAAAGUAAAUUUUAUAAGUAGGCGUUUGUACAGUUCCAAAGUCAACUUAAAUGAUGUUGUAAUAAUCAGUGCUGUGCGUACUCCAAUGGGUUCAUUUCUUGGAUCCUUAUCAAGUGUGUCGGCCACUAAACUUGGUGCAGUAGCUGUACAAGCAGCUGUUGAAAGAGCUGGUAUUGCCAAGGAACAAGUCAAAGAAAUAUAUAUGGGCAAUGUCUGCCAAGGUUUUUUGGGUCAAGCACCAGCGAGACAAGCUGCAUUAUUUGCAGGUCUUCCAAAAUCAACGAUAUGUACUACAGUGAACAAAGUCUGCGCAAGUGGUAUGAAAAGUAUCAUGCUGGCCUCUCAAUCUCUACAGUGUGGUCACCAAGAGAUUAUUCUGGCUGGUGGUAUGGAAUCGAUGUCUAAUGUACCAUAUUACUUGGCACGUGGUGAAACGCCAUAUGGUGGAGUAAAACUCCAGGAUGGUAUUGUAUUUGAUGGCUUGACUGAUGUAUAUAAUAAGUGUCAUAUGGGUAACUGUGCUGAAAACACGGCUAAGAAAUUGAACAUUACUCGCGAACAACAAGACGAAUAUGCUAUCAGCAGUUACAAACGUAGUGCCGCAGCUUACAAAAAUAAUAUAUUUAAAGAUGAACUUGUACCUGUCAGUGUGCCACAAAAGAAGGGCAAGCCAGAUAUAGUUUUCACCGAGGAUGAGGAGUAUAAAAGAGUCAACUUUGAGAAGUUUGGCAACUUGAGCACAGUUUUCCAGAAAGAAAAUGGUACAGUGACAGCUGGAAAUGCAUCCACUUUAAAUGAUGGUGCUGCUGCUUUGAUUUUAACAACCAGCAAGGUUGCUGAAAGACUGAAUCUUAAGCCUUUGGCUAAAGUUGUUGCUUUUCAAGAUGCAGCAACGGAUCCUAUAGACUUUCCAAUCGCCCCAGCAUUUGCUGUGCCAUCGCUGCUUCAAAAUGCUGGAGUUAAUAAAAACGACAUAGCUCUUUGGGAAAUUAAUGAAGCAUUCAGUGUAGUAGUUGUAGCAAAUCAAAAAUUACUCGAUAUUGACCCCUCUAAGGUAAACGUUCAUGGCGGUGCUGUUUCACUUGGACACCCUAUAGGUAUGUCAGGAGCACGUAUCGUAGUUCACUUGGUGCAUGCUCUUAAAGCCGGAGAAAAAGGUGUUGCGUCAAUUUGCAAUGGAGGUGGUGGUGCAUCAUCGAUUUUGAUCGAGAAAUUGUGUCAUCCGGUAUCUUCCCCGCCAAAAUUAAUAUUAUAUACGAAAAGUCCGUGUCCACUUUGCGACAUAGUAAAGAACGAGCUGCGUUUGCGUUUCGCCGGUCGUUAUCAAUUAGAAGAAGUCGACAUCACUGCGAAAAAUAACGAGCGAUAUUUUGAAUUGUAUCAGUAUGAUAUACCAGUUCUCUUUUUAGAAGGUCAAUACCUCUGCAAGCAUCGAUUAGAUACUGAUUUGUUAACAAAGAGACUCGAUGAAUUAACAUUGAGGACAAAUACAUAAACACGUUAGUAUAAAAGAUUAAA